CAGCGGGGCCGCAGCGCAGCUCCUCCCGCAGCAGCACCAUGACGAGCGGGCUCCAUCCCGCACACUGAGCCGCACCGCGCACCAGAGCCGCGCGGGACCGGGGACACAUACGAACGCACGACCGGCGAACGCACUCAAGCGCGCACGCAGAAGGGGGAGUCGAUUAACGCAGCAGCAUCAGAUCCACGGGCACGCCGCGCGAGGAGAGCUCCACCGCGGGACUGCGCUUCUCUGACACCCGCAAGAAAAAAAACGGGUCCCGCACGACUGAGACAUGUCCUCGUCGGGGAAGGACGCAAACAGCGGCCAUUACGCCAACUAUGUGGGACCGUACCGCCUGGAGAAGACGCUGGGCAAAGGACAGACAGGUCUGGUGAAGCUCGGCGUCCACUGCGUCACGUGUCAGAAAGUCGCCGUGAAGAUCGUCAACAGAGAGAAGCUCAGCGAGUCUGUUCUCAUGAAGGUGGAACGGGAAAUAGCGAUUCUCAAACUCAUAGAACAUCCUCACGUUUUAAAGCUGCACGACGUCUACGAAAAUAAGAAAUACCUGUAUCUGGUGCUGGAACACGUGUCCGGGGGGGAACUGUUCGACUACCUGGUGAAGAAGGGUCGGUUAACGCCCAAAGAGGCCAGAAAGUUCUUCAGGCAGAUCAUCUCGGCCCUGGACUUCUGCCACAGCCACUCCAUAUGCCACAGAGAUUUGAAGCCCGAGAACUUGUUGCUAGACGAGAAGAACAACAUCAGGAUAGCGGACUUCGGCAUGGCGUCUCUGCAGGUCGGGGAGAGUCUGCUGGAGACCAGCUGUGGAUCUCCACAUUACGCCUGCCCAGAGGUGAUCAGGGGGGAGAAGUACGACGGGAGGAGAGCGGACGCCUGGAGCUGUGGAGUCAUCCUGUUUGCUCUUCUAGUGGGCGCUCUCCCGUUCGAUGACGACAACCUGAGGAAUCUGCUGGAGAAGGUGAAGCUGGGAGUUUUCCACAUGCCUCACUUCAUCCCUCCAGACUGUCAGAACCUUCUGCGUGGCAUGAUCGAAGUGGACGCCGGCAAGAGGCUCACGUUGGAUCAGAUCCAGAAGCACACGUGGUACCUCGCUGGAAAGAAUGAGCCGGAGCCCGAGCAGCCCGUCCCCAGGAAGGUGGCCAUCAGGACGCUGGCUGCGGCCGAGGAGAUCGACCCGGACGUCCUGGAGAGCAUGCACUCGCUGGGCUGCUUCAGGGACAAGGACAAACUGGCCAAAGACCUGCUGUCUGAGGAGGACAACCAGGAGAAGAUGAUCUACUUCCUGCUCCUGGACCGUAAGGAGCGGUAUCCCAGCCAGGAGGACCAGAACCUGCCUCCGAGGAGCGAGACCGCUGACCCACCCAGGAAGCGCGUGGACUCACCGAUGCUGAGCCGUCACGGCAAGCGGAGACCGGAGAGGAAGUCCAUGGAGGUGCUGAGCGUCACGGAGGGGGGGUCUCCUCUCCCGGUACGACGAGCCCUGGACAUGGCGGCGCACGGGCAGAGCAAAUCUGUUUUCAGUAAAAGCUUGGAUAUCACAAACGCUAACUGCAGCAAGGAGGAAAGAUCGCGGUCGAUCAGCGGAGCGUCCUCCGGCCUGUCCACCAGUCCUCUCAGCAGUCCCCGGCCCAAUCGUCGGUUUUUCAUCCCGCCCCAGUCCCCGGACCUGUGUCAGUCCCCCAACUGUAGCCCCACCCACUCCCUUGAGGUCCGCCUCAACGGGGUGGGGCCUCGCACGCCCAACUCCUACCACCCGAAGAUGGGCUCCCCCCUCAUGCACCCCCGCACCCAGACGCUCCCGGCCAAACCCAAAGUGUCUGAGAAGCCCCUGCAGACCACCAGGUCCAACCCGCUCCCCCACUCCGCCCAGACCCCCCCCACCCCCAAAUCUGAGCCCUCCACGCCCUGCCAGCCGCUGGCGCCCUGCAUCACCAACAGCCCCCGGGUGAGACGCCACCCCCCCCUCACCGUGCCCCCAAAACUCUCCAUCCCCCUCUCCCUCUCCCCCGUGCCUCCCAUGUCUCCCCUCCGCCGCCACCACCUCCACCCUGACCACAACGGCAAAUCUGUCCCCAUCACGCAGGUGACACCUCACCCCUCCCCGAGAGGCAGCCCUCUCCCCACCCCCAGAGGCACCCCGGUGCACACGCCCAAGGACAGCCCGGCCGGCACGCCCAGCCCAACCCCCCCGCCCAGCCCCUCCAUCGGCGGCAUGCCGUGGAGGACGCGCCUCAACUCCAUCAAGAACAGUUUCCUGGGCUCGCCGCGCUUCCACCGCAGGAAAAUGCAAGUGCCCACCCAGGAGGACAUGUCCAGUCUGACCCCCGACUCGUCUCCAGAACUGGCGAAGAAGUCGUGGUUCGGUAACUUCAUCAACCUGGAGAAAGAGGAGCAGAUCUUCAUCGUCAUCAGAGACAAACCGCUCAACUCCAUAAAGGCCGACAUCGUCCACGCCUUCCUCUCCAUCCCGAGUCUCAGCCACAGCGUCAUCUCUCAGACCAGUUUUCGGGCGGAGUACAAGUCCACGGCCGGGCCCACAGUUUUCCAGAAGCCUGUGAAGUUCCAGGUGGACAUCACCUACACCGAGAACUCUGGCGCCACCAAGGAGAUCGGAAUCUACUCCGUCACCUUCACUCUGCUCUCAGGUCCCAGUCGACGUUUUAAACGUGUGGUUGAGACCAUCCAGGCUCAGCUGCUCAGCUCCAGCGACCAGCCGGGUGUCCAGCCGCAGAUAUCCGGGAUCAUCCAUAAUAGCUAUUAACCUCGGCGAGACCGGCCGCCGCCACCGCCAAGAGAGUCCGACCUUGAAGAGAGAAGACCCCCCCGCUCCUCACCCCCACACCCCCCCCCCCCCUCCCUCUUUGAGUCCGGCCCUGGCAGUAGACUCCACAUCGCCCCCUGCAGACCAAACAGACACAUCUCAGAAGAGUCGUGGAAAGAGAAAAAAAGCCUUAAGACAGUGAUGUUUGUCAAAUCUACGAACAAAUCCCCCCCCCCCUUUUCUCCUCCUCCCACAUGUACAUAACAACACACUUCCUGUACAUGCUCCUCCACACAAACACACACACACACACACCACUUCUCUGCCGGAUGUAAACACUUGCACAAGAGGAACAGGAAGCGGUGGACGAGUGGACGUGUGGACGAGUGGACGAGUGGACGAGUGGACGCUGGCUGGAUUGUAAUUCUUCUUUUGAAAGUUUCCGUGUGAACGACGGAUUUUUUUACGGUCCUGUAAAAAGGGGUUCAUGCGGUGAACGCGUGAAAAUGAGCGGAGAAGUGGCGCUACGUAAAUGAAUGAUCUAUUCUGUUGUACAGACUAAAUAAUGUUUGAUGUACAAAAUGUGUAGUUGUGACAUGUUUUCCAGUUGUGUUGCCAUACUUUGUUUUUUUAGUCCUGCAGAGGCGCGGUCACGCCCCCUGCGACACAAAGUGUACGUGAAAUUAGCUCAAAUGUAACUAAUUUCAGUAACUGACCAAUAACACACGCUAGCACUAGACUUAGCUCACCGUUUAGUUUCACCUCCCGUGUCUCCAGGACAAAGUUCUUGAUGCAUCUCAGUUCAUAAACUUUCAAACUCUACAUCUUCAAUAUUUAACGUUGAGCCUUUAGUUGAUUCGCAGCAACUGUUUUGAUAAUCGAUUGAUUCUUACGAACAAAAGCUCCAAACGCUUCCUGGUUCCAGUUUCUCAGAAGUGACACUUUCGAAUUGAAGACGUCUGAGAUUUUUUAGAAAUUCAAUCUUAACUAAAAUCACAGAUUUAACAAUUCGAUUGAAAGAGGAAAUUACUCAAAGAUUAAGUAUAAAUAAUAAAGUAAGUAAUAAAUAAAAUCUGGUGUUAAUGCAUUCACCUAGUUAGCAACAAAGCUAUCAGACUACGGAAAGUAGCUCCAGCUACAGGGUUAGCGUUAGCAUGGUUUUGCGGAUGUAUCUCACGAUGUCGUGUUCUGGCGUGACCGGGCCUCGCCGAGGUAACGUCUCCUUUUUGCUUUGGCACUUUUGAGAAGUGAAACAUCAGCGUUCAGUUCCUUCUUGAGUCUAUUUUUUAUUUGUACUUUGCCGUCGUUUGAAUUAUCUGCAGGUUUCAGACAAUGUUGAGCUGCUGUGUAUAUCUUUUGUAUAUUUUUGUACUUUAUUGUAUUUUGUCUUUUUUUUCUUGUUUUUUAAUUUAUUCUGUUAUUUAUAUGAAAGAUGUAGAGAAUGUUUGUUGACGUCAAAUUAUUUAAGGACAUUUUGGUCAUGUCUAAGUUAUUCGAUCACGAGAAGUUUGUGAGCAUUUGUUCCUUUUUCCGAGAGAAACCUUGUAAUAUACUUUUGGAAGAUGAUUUAGAGUAAUUUAAGAAUGUAGACGUAGCCUCUUUGAGAGGAACACCCCCUUCGUUGAUCAGUGUCGGCUCCGCCCCCCCCCCCCCCCCCUCUCGUGUGUAUGAUGACUCAACACUCUUUCUGUAAAUAAGCCGAGUUUACUGACGAGCUUAUUUUUAAAACCCAGAGGAUUCCUUCUCUUAGCUUUGACCUCGUACGGUUGUUUGCAUGUUCAGCAUUCGUCUUUUCUUUGCAUGUCGUCGUUGGAAUUCUUCUCCUGUUCCCUUUUGCUCUCCACACUUAUUUAUGUAUUUGUGUUAUUUAUGUGCAUUUGUUUGUCUUUUGAUUUUUGGGGAUUUUGGUUUGAUUCCCUUCGCCGUCCUCUCGCCCUCUUCUUCUUCUUCUUCUUCUGGAUUACUGUGAGCUCACAGCGACCUCCUCACUCAUUCUCUCAGAGAGGGACCGAUCGGGGGGGUUAUCAGAGAGAGAAAUUAAAGCAAUACCUUCCAUUGUUCGCUUUCCUCUUUUUCUACUACGGGAAUCCAGAGCACACAGAACGGACUCGGAGCACGGAGCGACUCUACCGAGCAGGAAACCACCGGCUAUGUAUUCCCUCGUGAUGUGACUGUGAACAACUUCAGUGCUAAAGGAAAUAAAUCUGUUGACUUUGCA